CAUAUUUGCCUUGUGAAAAAAAAAACACAAACACAAACAAAAACCCUAAAAUACAUACAUACAUAUAUAGCUAGGGUUUCUAGAGAGAAACUAUAACAAAUAUUUAUAUAUAUAUAGAAAUAUGAGUAGCAUGUAUCAUCACCAUCAUCAUCAUCAUCUUUCAGGCAAGAACAUAAAUAUGCAUGUCUCUUCAUCUAAUAAUAAUUCUUCAAGAAACAUUCCUCCGGAAAGGCAUUUGUUUCUUGGCAACAACGGCGGUGGAGGUGGUGGUAGUGGUGGCGGUAGCCAUGGAGACGCGGGAUUAGUCCUCUCUACCGAUGCCAAACCCCGGCUUAAGUGGACUUCCGAUCUCCAUGAGCGGUUUGUUGAAGCUGUCAAUCAACUUGGAGGAGCUGACAAGGCUACUCCCAAAACUGUAAUGAAACUCAUGGGAAUUCCUGGACUCACAUUGUACCAUCUCAAGAGCCAUCUUCAGAAGUAUAGACUCAGUAAGAAUCUACAUGGACAAGUUAGUAGCCCAACCAAAAUUAGUACGGUUGGUGGGGGGCCAGUAGCUGAAAGAAUAUCAGAAACAAUGAGUGGAAAUCAUAUGAACAAUUUAAGCAUAAAUGGGCCUCAAACAAAUAACAACAGAGGUUUUCACAUAAAUGAAACACUACAAAUGCAAAUUGAAGUACAAAGAAGGCUCCAUGAACAACUAGAGGUUCAACGACACUUGCAGCUUCGAAUAGAGGCUCAGGGAAAAUACCUGCAGGCAGUGCUGGAGAAAGCUCAAGAAACACUCGGAAGACAAAACGUGGGAACUGUCGUGGGGCUUGAAGCCGCCAAAGUUCAACUCUCCGAACUUGUUUCCAAGGUAUCCACUCAAUGCCUCAACUCUGCUUUUGAAGCAACCCCACCACCAGAAUUAGCCUCGUGCCCUAACCCUAACCCUAACCCUAGCCCUGGUCGCGGCCGUGGUGAUUGCUCGGUAGAUAGUUGUUUGACAUUUGAGCAUGGAUCCCAAAAGGAUCAAGAAAUAGCACAUGGGAUUGUUUUGAGAGCUUAUAACAACAACAACAACAAUAAUAGUGCUACAACUACUACAUUUUUCGAGUCCAAAGAAGGUAAUAAUAACACUACUACUAUUACUACUCCAGAAUUACUAGAUCAAAACAACAUGUUUCUUAAGCAAGAAAGAAGAUUGUUUUCGAUCGAAAGAAAUGGGUUAUCGAUGAGCAUUGGAGGAAGUAAUAAUAAUAAUCAUCAUCAUCAUCAUCGCGAUAUUAGAUGGGACGACACUACUCGUGAUCAAGAUCGUCACAAAAGAUUUGUCAAAUUAGAUAAUAAUGAUGAAGAUGAUCAUGAUGAUGAUGAGAAUAAUAAUGAGAAGGUGUCUCGAUCAUCUUCUAUUGUUCCUGCUAAUUUCUUUGCAACAAAAGUACUUGAUCUGAAUACUCAUCACAAUGAUCAAAACGACUCCUCUUCUAAUUGCAAACAGUUUGAUUUGAAUGGUUUCAGCUGGAGCUAAGGGAGAAAUAUUAAUAGAGAGAAAGAUGUAGAUGUGAGAGAGUUUAAUUAAUUACUUCACCACAUGCAUGCAUGGUUUUAAUUAUAAUAUUUUUUGCAUGUACGUACUUAAAGAUUUUAUAAUUAAUUUCAUUAUUGAAAUUAUGGUUUCAUGA